UCCAUUGGCCCAGUCACAAAAAUACAACUUUACCAAGUAUUUGAUCGUUGGAGGGUUUCAUUAUCAACAUCAAAUGGAUACAUUCGAUGUCGAUGCUUUACAAAAGGCAACACAAAGGGAAACCAGCGUUAAGAAGGAGCAAUGGGGUAGGAAACUGGAGUACGUCCUAUCGGUUCUUGGGUAUCUGGUAGGAUUCAUGAACAUUUGGAGGUUUCCGUAUGUUUGUAUGAGAAACGGCGGAGGUGCUUUCUUGAUACCGUAUAUCGUUAUUUUGCUAUUGAUGGGCAUUCCCUUGUAUUUCCUGGAGGCAUCUCUCGGACAGUUUACUGGGAAAUCAUUUAAAGAGGUUUGGAGUUAUUGUCCAAUUAUUCAAGGAAUGGCAGCAUGUUACCAAGUAUUACUGAUACCGUCCACGUGUUUUUACGCCAUGCUGAUGACGUGGACACUAUACUACUUUUACCAAUCCUUCCACUACCCGCUACCAUGGAGCACGUGUGGCAAUGAAUGGAACACGCCUUAUUGCUUCAGUGGUGGUAAUAAUGAGAUGCCAGGACACUUGAUGGCAAACUCGUCUAGUUUAUACAAUAUGACGUCAUUUAUGAACACUAGCAUAAUGUCUUCAUCGAAUGCUUCACAGGGUCAAAGUGCAGAAGAAGAAUACUGGAAUUACAAUGUGCUAGACAUUUCCUCGGGACUGGUGGACAUCGGCUCACUGAAGGGAAACACGGUUUUGUGUUUGUCAUUGUCCUGGUUGUUCAUAUACCUAUGUGUCAUCAAAGGUAUCAGGACAUCAGGAAAGGUAGUGUAUGUGACCGCCACACUUCCGUACCUACUUCUCACCAUCCUCCUCGUCCACAACCUCACGUUACCGGGAUCACUGGAUGGAAUUGUAUUUUUCAUAAAACCUAACUUUAAGUCGUUGAUGAAUAUCCAGGUUUGGUUAGAAGCGGCCAUACAAGUGUUCUAUUCUUUGGGAAUAGGUUGGGGAGGGAUACUGAUCACACUAUCAAGUUACAACAAAUUUAACAAUAACUGUCUCAGAGAUUCCUUUCUCUUGGCUAUUGCCGGUGAGAGUACAAGUGUGUUUGGUGGAUUUGUUAUAUUUUCUGCUCUCGGGUUCAUGGCUCAUAAGGCGAAUGUACCUGUCGCUGAGGUCGUCAAGUCCGGUCCAGGUUUAGGAUUCGUGGCCUACCCUAUGGCUGUUUCACAGAUGCCCCUCCCCAACCUCUGGGCAGUCCUUUUCUUCUUUGCCAUGAUUACUUUGGGUUUGGAUAGUCUGUUCACACUUGUAGAAGUAACAUAUGCGUAUUUGGAAGGCUGUUUCCCGUUCCUUGGGAAAAGACAAAUAAUCUCAAGGGCAUGUUUAUCAUGCCUCGGCAUGUUGUUUGGGCUACCAUUCUGUACACAGGGCGGAAUCUACCUCUACCAGCUGAUGGACUGGUAUUGUGCUGCCUUAGCUCCGAUUUUCUUUACAGUCGUGGAAUGUAUAUCAAUAUCCUGGCUGUAUGCCUAG